AUGGAGACCACAAAGAUGAAAAAAUUGACAACAGUCCCCAUGUUAAAAUUUGACAACAGUCCCCAUGGAAUAGUGGUGCAUUGCCCACUAUUCCACCACGGCAGGCUAUUGCGCUUAGUAACCCUCCAAAGCCAGUGCAAGAUCUGGAAGUGUUUGUUUGGCCCUGGAUGGGCAUCCUCACAAAUGUUCCGGCCGAACAAACCCAGGGGGGGUGGAGGCAUACUGAUGAAGCAGCUAGCUGAUUUCAAACCCGUGCAAGUUACUGCUGUGUAUGGUGACAAUGGGUAUACUGGUUACGUCAUUGUUCUUUUCACCGAGGAUUGGAUUGGGUUCAAGAAUGCCUUAGCAUUCCAUAACUAUUUCAAGUCACAGCGCUUGGGUAAACUGGAAUGGAAGGAAACAAAGCUACAUGUAAAAUAUGUGUUUGGAUGGCUGGCAAAAGAAGAGGAUUACAAAUCAGGUGACCCAGUUGGUAGGUUCUUGUCAGCAAAUGGUGACCUCAAGACAGUGUCUGAAUUGGAACAAGAGAUGUCCAGCAAGACUGACAAUCUCAUAGCUAAUUUGACUCAACAGAUCACCGCUAAAAGCAAGUAUAUGCAGGAACUAGAGUGUUGUAAUCAAAUGAAUCUCUCCCUUCAGAAAGUUAUGGAAGAAAGUGAUUUGCUGCACAAACGUUAUAAUGAAGAAAUGAGGAAUAUGCAGUCAGCUGCCCGUGAGCAUACACAGAGAGUUUUUCAGGAGACUGAAAAACUGAGAAAACAGUUGGCUGAGAAAGAGAGUAGCAUCGAAAGGAGGUCCAACGAACUAAAUGAACAAGUUGCUCAAACUGACAUGGAAAGAAGAAAACUGGAGGAAGAGAGGAAAAAGAGAUGA